AUGGCUUUGAGUUUAUUGUAGUCAUGAUUUACACCUUAUAAAAAAAAAAAAUAGGCAAAAUUCCAAAUGGAGAGGAACCGACGUUCAGACUAUAGAUCGACUAUAAGAAAGACUAGGCGCAAUUUCAAAUGGGGAAGAUUCGAUGUUCCAAAAUCAUAAGGACUGUCGGUUUUAGCUGAUUAUUACGUUGAAGCCCGGCACACAGGACACAUCCGGAAAAGUUCUUGCGAUAUUGGGUUAAAGUAUUGAUGGAUAUUGGUGGUUCAAACUGGCGCUUUACGAUGAUGGCGCAAAAAAAGACGCUCGCAUGUACAACCCCCCCUGGUGGGGCGGUGGGGUAGCUGGUGCCUGUUGUCAACUUUUAACGGCUCCCUUUGAUCUCCUUGAGACGCGUUUGGUGGUCGACAAAGAAAAACGUGGAUUGAUUAAAAAUAUGCAAUGGGCCAUCAGAAAACAUGGUUUCUUUUCCCUGUAUGAUGGAGUGAGUGCCCAGAUAUUGCGGCAGCUCACCUAUACGACGAUGCGGUUCCACCUGUACCAGUUGGGAAAGCAAAGGUUCGAUGAUUCCAGAUACUUCCAAAAGUGCAUAUUGGCCACAUUUUCGGGAAGCAUAGCCAGUUCUAUAGGUAUACCUAUAGAGUUGGUGAAUACCAGAAUGCACAUAGACAGGACCUUGCCAAAGGAUGAGAGAUGGAACUACCGCCACGCCUUUCAUGGUCUUUAUCGUGUGUGCAGGGACGAAGGAUUCCUGGCCCUCUACAAGGGCGGCCUCUUCUCAAUUAUACGUUCUUCCUUGAGCACCAUUGGCCAGAUUGCGUCCUAUGAUCAGGCCAAGGAGUUCUACAUGCGAUCCUUUGAUUUCAAACACGACCAAAAGUUGCUGCACGUAAUCAGCUCUGUGACUGCUGCUAUUAUAUAUGGACCACUUAUCCAGCCCAUCGAAAACAUUCGAACCCUCCAAAUGACCCACCCCGGCGGAAUGUCGGACUACGUCCGGCACCUACUGGACUUCGGGACGCGAGGACUUUUCCGGGGAUUGGUGCCUUGUUUGCUGCGAUCAGUUCCAAAUACGAUCAUAAUGUUUUUACUCUUCGAAGAGUUUCGUGUACGUUUUGGAAAUAGGAAAUAGAUAUCUAGUAAGAAAAUAGGCUAGUUCACAGUGAAUCGAAAAACACAGCAAGUGGCCCAUAUACGAUGUUAGUGUAGCUAAAUUUUAUGACGUUCAAGGAUAAAAAAUAAAAUAUAUCAAGUUUCUACAAUAGUAA